AUGGUGAAAUUGGCCGAAUAUUCUCGUACAGCAACUUUUGCUUGGUCGAGAAAUAAAAUACCUACAUUAGUCACUGGUACUGCCUCCGGUACUGUUGAUGCUGAUUUUUCUAGUGAUUCAACUUUGGAAUUAUGGUCAUUAUUAUCCACCGAUAAAUUGAACCCUGUUGUUUCUGUUGAAGCUAAUGCCAAAUUUAACGAUAUCGACUGGUCAAUUGAUAAUAAAUAUAUUGCCGGUGCUCUAGAUAAUGGUAUGGUUGAAUUAUUUAAGACAAAUUCAAAAGAUACAUUGAAAUCCAUUAAAAAAUUAUCCAAACAUGGCACUUCAGUAACUACUGUUAAUUUUAAUGCGAAACAAGAAAAUGUCUUAGCAUCUGGUUCCAAAAAUGGUGAAAUUUUUAUUUGGGAUUUGAAUAAAUGUAUAGAUCAAAGUAAUGAUUCUUAUUCACCAUUGACUCCAGGGAUGGCCAUGACGCCUGUGGAAGAAAUCACUUCUUUAGCUUGGAAUCAAUCUUUAUCUCAUGUCUUUGCAUCUGCUGGUAAUACAAGUUAUGCAUCAAUUUGGGAUUUGAAAGCUAAAAAGGAAGUUAUCCAUUUAAGUUAUACUUCUCCAAGUUCCUCCCUAAAACCACAAUUAUCUGUAGUUGAAUGGCAUCCAGAAAAUUCCACAAGAGUUGCUACUGCUUCAAAUAGUGAUAAUGAACCAAUCAUUUUAAUUUGGGAUUUAAGAAACGCUAAUACUCCUUUACAAAUCCUGGAAAACGGUAAUUCCAAAGGUAUCCUUUCGUUGGAUUGGUGCAAACAUGAUUCUAAUUUAUUACUUUCUUCUGGUAGAGACAAUACCGCGGUUCUUUGGAAUCCAGAAGAAGGUAAAGAAUUAACUCAAUAUCCUUCUAGAUCCAAUUGGUGUUUCAAGACCAAGUUCGCUCCUGAAGCUCCAGAUUUAUUCGCUUGUGCCUCCUUCGAUGGUAAAGUCGAAAUUCAAACUUUGCAAAAUUUAACUAACAAUUUUGAUAAAGAAGAAAAUGCAACAAAACAAAAAGAAUCUGAAACUGAUUUUUGGAAUAAUGUUAGUAAUGAACAAUCAAAUGAAAAACCCACUAUUUUUAAUAUUCAAGCUCCAAAUUGGUAUGGCAAUAAAUCUCCUGCUGCUUCUUGGGCAUUUGGCGGGAAAUUAGUUCAAAUCACCCCUGACGGCAAAGGUGUCUCUAUUACAAAGCCAGAAUUACCAGGUUUACAAUUAAAUUCUUUGUUAGAUGAAGCCAUAAAAUCCAAGGAUUUCUCAUCAAUUAUUAAUCAAAGAUUAACAAAGACUAUUAAUGAUAUAAAUGAAGAAGAUUGGAAUAUGCUAGAAAAAUUAUCGGUCGAUGGUAAAGAUAUUUUCUUAAAGGAAUCUUUACAAUUUGAUGAUGAAGAAGAAGAUGAAGAAGAAGAUGAAGACGAAGCAGUUAAAAAGAGUGGUAAGGAAAAGAAAGAAAUUGAUGAAGGUGAAUUGUUCUUCGCUCAAGUCGAAUCCAAAUAUCAACCAAAGGGCAAAUUUAAACUAGGUAAAGAGUUGGAUCAAACUAUUGCUAAUAACUUAAUCAAAAAAAACUAUAAAUCUGCAGUUAUGUCAACUUUGAAAGAUGACUCAUUAUUAGAGGCCAUGAUUAUUGCUAUGGAUAGUAAUGAUGAAAGUUUGAAGGAAUCUGUCAAACAAGCUUACUUCACUAAGUAUGCUGAAAAAUCAUCUUUAUCAAGAUUCUUAUAUUCUAUCUCUGAAAAGAAUAUGGACGACUUGGUUGAUAAUUUAGAUGUUUCUCAAUGGAAAUAUGUUGCUAAAUCGAUCCUUACCUAUUGCGAUGAUGAUACAACAAAGAGAAAUGAACUAUUAAUUAAAUUAGGUGAUAGGUUAUUAGAUGAAGACAGUCGUCAAGAUGCUAUUAUAUUAUAUCUAUCUGCCAACUCGAUUGAUAAGAUUGCUUCUAUUUGGGUAAAUGAAUUUAAAUCAUUGGAAGAAAAUGUCUUACAGAAAAAAGAUACUGCUUAUGAAGCUCACUCUGAAACUUUAUCCGAAUUUGUUGAAAGAUUCACCGUAUUUUCAAGCUUUGUAGGUUCCAAUUUAUCCAUUACCAAUGAAGAUUUAAUUUCCAAAUUCAUGGAAUUUGUUAACAUUACUUCUGCCACUGGUAAUUUUGAUCUAGCCUACACUUUCUUGGAAACUUUACCAAGUGAUAAUGCAGAUGUUAUUACAGAAAAGGAACGUGUCUUAUUAGCUUCUGGUAAAUCUGUAGCCAAGAAAGCUACUCCUACCACUGCUGCCACUACUGUUACUGGUAGAUCUGCCAGUAACAAGGCUACACCUACAUUACCUGGCUUGCCAAAUAAUUCACACCCUAAUGCUGCAAAGAGACCAUUAUAUGGUGGAUUACCAUCUAACACUUCUAUCAAUUCUGCUUACGCUCCAGUGACACCAAAUACCAGUGUAUUUAGUCCAAAUGCCCCUCCAACUCAAGCUUUCCCAUUCCCCAACACUCAACCAACAAGUAUGUUAGGAUCUCAACCAAUGUCUCCAAUUGUCAAUAAACCAAACCCAUAUACUCCAGCUGUUCCUACUGCUCCAAUUCCAUCCGCUAACACCCGUACCGGUAGUGCAAAUGGAUCUUCUAAAUAUGCACCACCUCAGGGCUCUAAUACUCCAACUAAUUAUUAUGAACCACAAAAAGCUAGUGUCCCAGCUUCCACUUCUAGUCCCGUUAAUAAUCCAUAUGCUCCACCACCAAAUUUUAUCCACCAGGCUAAUCCAUUGAAAAACAUUAAUGAAUUUACUGCACCACCUCCACAAAAUGGCAAGAGUGGAGCUUCUGGUCAAACUCCACACUUAAAUAAGAAAGCUAAUUUUGGAUGGAAUGAUUUGCCAAUUGGUAAAGACGCUACUCAAGCCAAACCAAGUCGUGCUAAAGCAGUUUCCAUCCAACCAUCAAAUUCUGGUACUCCAUCACCAGGUGUUUAUGGUAAUGCAAAUGCUUCAUCUAUGGUAGGUCCACCAGUCUCUAGACAUGCCUCCAAUACUAUGCCACAUGCAUUCCCUCCUCCUGCUAAGAGUUCAAGAAAGGCUUCUUUGAAUAAUAGUACUGUUUCUACUCCAAACAUUUCUCAAGCUCCAUCCCAUUCUACAUCUGCAUAUGCUCCACAAGAACAAUUACCAGUUUCUUCUCCUAACACCCGCCCAAUCAUGCCUACUCAACCAUACACUAAUCCAUAUGCUCCAUCUGCUGCAGCUAAUCCUUUACCACAACCUCCUACCAACCCAUAUGCACCAUCAGCUUCAUCUAACGCUGCUACUCCUGGUGUAGCAAUUCCUGUCAAUCCAUAUGCUACGAAUAGUAAUGGUAUGGGUAGCGCACCACCCCAAAGAACAACACAACGACCUUCCGGCCCUCCACCUAUCAAUGCUAGAAAGAAGAAAGAAGAUGCUUUGCCUCCACCUCCUCCACAAUCUACUUCCGUUCCAAUUUCUACUCCCCCAUCAACUACUACACCAAUUGCCUCAACAGCAUCUGCUGCAGUCGGUGAGUUGGUAGAAGAAAAACAAGAACUAACUGAAAAAGAACAAGAAAUUGUUGACUUUUUCACUGAAGAAUUAAAGAGAGUUUCACCAUUAAUUCCACAAGAAUAUUCUAAACAAUUGAAAGAUUGUAAGAAAAGAUUGAACAUCUUAUUUGACCAUUUACGUAAGAAAGAUUUAUUAACUGAUGUUACUAUCGAUAAAUUGACAGAAAUCUUCAAGUUAAUGAAACAACAAAAGUAUUCUGAAUCAAUGGAAUUAUAUGUUGAUAUUGCUACAAACCAUGCACACGAAGGUGGUAAUUGGUUAACCGGUGUUAAGAGAUUGAUUGGUAUCGCAGAAGCAACUAAAAAUUGA